UCUCUGUUCCAUUUGGUGAAGAAAGGAAAUUAAGGUAUGGCGAAGGAAGUGGAGGUAGCAAAGCAAUGCGAGUUCACAUCUUGGGACUACGAAGACCCACCUCCAGAGCCGUUGUUCAACGUUGAUGAACUCACCAAGUGGUCUUUCUAUAGAGCCCUCAUCGCUGAGUUCGUCGCAUCCGUUCUUUUCCUUUAUAUCGGAACGUUAACGAUAAUCGGAUACAAGAACCAGUCAGACCCGACUAAGACCUCCGAUCCUUGCAAUGGUGUUGGUUUCCUUGGUAUCGCUUGGGCUUUCGGUGGUAUGAUCUUCGUCCUCGUUUACUGCACUGCCGGUAUCUCUGGUGGGCACAUAAACCCAGCAGUGACGUUUGGGCUGUUUCUAGCAAGGAAAGUGUCGUUGAUCAGAGCAUUUAUGUACAUGGUAGUACAGUGUCUGGGUUGCAUCUGUGGUGUAGGGUUGGCAAAGGGAUUCCAGAAGGCCUACUUCGACAGGUACGGUGCCGGCGCCAACUCAGUUGCACCAGGCUACACCAAGGGAACCGCUUUGGGUGCUGAGAUCAUUGGCACCUUCGUCCUUGUCUACACCGUCUUCUCCGCCACCGAUCCCAAGAGGAGUGCCAGAGACUCACAUAUCCCCGUGUUGGCGCCACUCCCCAUUGGGUUCGCGGUGUUUUUGAUUCACUUGGCCACCAUCCCAAUCGAUGGCACGGGCAUCAAUCCAGCUAGGAGCUUCGGAGCUGCUGUAAUCUAUAACAACGAUAAGGUCUGGGAUGAGCAUUGGAUCUUCUGGGUUGGACCUUUCGUUGGGGCAGGCAUCGCUGCCUUCUACCACCAAUUCAUUAUUAGAGCCGGUGCCGUUAAAGCUCUGGGUUCCUUCAGAAGCAAUCCCCACAACUAAAUUUUCUCUCUUUCUUUACAGACGCUCUAGUCUUCGUGGU